GAGGCAACACAUUUAUUUUGAUUAUGAUGACGUGGAAGAAGUCAUGCGGUGCGAAUCGUCACCCACACAACAACAAUAUCUACGCAUCGAAAGUGACAAUAACACUUAUGUUUGGAUUCAGAUCUAAGAGUGUGAAUGGUGAGGCAGAUCGUUAGCAGAUGUCCUGCACAUUAGUAUUUUUUGUACUGCCACAGCCAAUCACAGUUUUUAACUUUUCCAGAAAAGAAAAGCAGGAGACCUGCCCAAUGGUAACUUUUUUUGUCUUUAUCUAUGUAAAAGCAGAUGAUCUGCAUGUCCUUCUACCCUCUCAACUUUUGAUGCAGUUCACGGAUUCCACCAUUUUUUCAUCCAAUAGAAUUUUUUAAUAAAAUUAAAUUAAUUCUGAAAAUAUUAAUAAUUCAGGAAGAUGAUGCUGCGUGUCUUCAGUUACUACGAAUGUCUCUUGGUAUUUUCAGAUCUUUAUGUGUCAUAUUGGAAUCAAAAUAUGGUUUACAUCCCACUCUUAAUGUUAGCAUUGAAGAGAGUGUGGCAAUGUUUUUGCGAAUUUGUGGGCACAAUGAAGUUCAAAGAGAUGUUGGAUUACGGUUUGGACGGACACAAGAGACAGUGAAUAGAAAAUUUUUUGAAGUUCUUAGGGCGACAGAGUUACUUGCUUGUGAUUAUGUUAAGACUCCAACAAGACGAGAACUACUUCGAAUUCCUGAAAGGCUGCAAAUGGACAGAAGAUAUUGGCCAUAUUUUAGUGGAUUUGUAGGAGCUGUGGAUGGAGUUCAUGUAUGUGUUAAAGUGAAGCCUGAACUACAAGGAAUGUACUGGAAUCGACAUGAUAGGACAUCAUUUAACAUCAUGGCGAUAUGUGAUCUCAAUAUGUUGUUUACAUAUGUUUGGAAUGGAGCACCCGGAUCAUGUCACGAUACAGCAGUUCUCACGAUGGCACAAGACGGUGAUUCUGAUUUUCCUUUGCCUCCAGGAGACAAGUAUUAUGUAGCUGAUUCUGGGUAUCCGAAUAAGCAAGGUUUUUUGGCUCCAUAUAGAUCUUCUCGGAAUGGUGUUAUUAGGUAUCACAUGUCUCAUUUCAACAAUGGUCCUCCUCCUAAGAAUAAACAAGAACUGUUUAAUCGAUGUCAUGCAUCUCUACGUUCCGUUAUUGAAAGGACAUUUGGAGUUUGGAAGAAGAAAUGGAGGAUUUUGAGUGAAUUUCCGAGAUAUGAUAUCGCAGUUCAAAAAAGAGUGGUAAGUGCUAAAAUGGGAUUGCAUAAUUUUAUCAGAAUUUCAAAUUAUUUUGAUGAAGAUUUUGUUGAAGAAAUGAGACAUACAAAUACCAGCAACGAAGAUUCUGAAAAUGAAAUAAGUGACAUGGAGACAACAAAUAUGGCUGAUGGAGAUCAUAUGACAAACAUUAGAGACAACAUUGCCGAUAUGUUAUGGGCAAAUCAUUAAAUUAUUUUACCUUUGUUUAUGUAUUUUUUAUUAUGUGUUUUGAUAUUUUGGUGUAAUCUUUAUUGUUUCAAUAUAUGAUCUGCACUUUUGAACUGCUUUUGCCAUUCAUAACUUUGAAACAUAACUUGUUCUGCUUGAUCU